GGGAAAAUUGGGUUUGUAAUCUGAGCGAAUUUCUCCUUUCUGACAGGCGGGAGAAGUUGUAGGUCCCUCCCUCGCUCCUCUUUAUUAAAUAUAGUAGUAGCAGGAGCUCUCGCCUGGAAGCAGGCGCCGGCCGARGUUUCGCCGUCCCGGAGCCCUCGCCGCUGCUCCAGCUCCGGGGGACACGAUGGGUGCCCKAGGUGGCAUCGCCACGGUGCUGCUGCUGCUGCUGCUGGCCGGCCACCCCCAGCCCCUCAGCGCCGGACCCCCGGCCGGAGCCUCUUUCUUCGGGGACAGCUUCGUGGAGAUGCCGCUGGCAGACGCCUCGCGCACGGUGCGGCUCCACCUGCAGCUCUUCACCAGCCAGGGCAGCGGGCUGCUCUUCCUGGCUGCCGGCCAGCCCGACCACCUCCUGCUGCAGCUGCAAGCUGGCUCCCUGCAGGCCAGGCUGCAGCUGGGCUCAGAGGAGGUGACCYUGCAGUCCCCAGCAGGGCUGCAGCUCAACGACCUGGCAGUGCAUGACGUGGAGCUGCUGGUGGAAGAUGGCAGGAUGACGCUGACCAUCGAUGGCCGCUUCAACAGCUCGGCAGACAUCGCGGGGCCGGCGAGGGAGCUGGACAUCCAGCACGGCCUCUACGCCGGCGGGACAGGCAGCCUGGACCUGCCRUACCUUGGCGAGGCCAGCCCUCCCUUCAGGGGGUGUCUUCACUYGGUGACAUUCAACGGCCUGGAUGUCCUGGCCCGUCUGUCUGCUGAUGGCAGCCCCAAGACCUUCCACCGCGUCCAGGAAGGCUGCAGCACGCAGUUCUCCGCAGAGCCCGAGGAGCCAUUCGGAUUCCCGGGGCCRCAUUCCUACAUUGCUUUUCCCACGUGGGAUGCGAGGCAGGAAGCGACCAUYGAGUUUGUGAUAACGACGAGCAUCACCCAGGCACCCCUCAUCUACCACGCCGGGCUGGAGAAYGACUUCUUCUACCUGGAGAUCUCCAACGGGCGCCUGCGAGGGUUUGUGGAGAAGGGGAACGGAGUCAUCGUCCUGCACAACAACGUCUUCAUCAGCGACGAGCAGCAGCACUACGUCAAAGUCCACACRGGCGUCCACAAGUUCGAGAUACUGAUAGAUUACUACGCUUCAUCCACGUCCAACCGGGGCAUCAACAACUACCUGGACCUCCAGGGAAACCUCUUCAUCGGAGGGAUGGACGAGAAGGCUUUGCAGAGGCUGAGGGAGCAUCACCUUUCUUUCAUCUCCUUGUGGACCAUGACCAACCACUCCUUCGUGGGCUGCUUGGAGGACCUGCGGAUAAACCUGCAGAGGAGGAGCCUGCAGGACGCCGUGAUCACGAAGGACAUCACGGCAGGCUGCGGGAAGCAGGACCACUACUGGGACUACGAGGAGGUGUACGAGCAGGAUGAGGCAUCCACCUCUCCGCCUCCCAACACCUGGUCGGGAGCACCGGGGCUGGUGGCGGAACCGUGCCGGCCUGACAGCAGCUUCCCCCCGGCCUUCGCCAACAUCAGCCGGCUGCUGCACGUCAGCCCCCUCAUCGUCUCCGAAGGGGGCAUGGCCUACCUGGAGUGGAAACACGCCCAGCCAACGGUCGACUUGAGCCUGGCCAACAUCCGUCAGUCCCAAAUCCUCUUCAGCGUCACCAAUGACCCCAGGCACGGCCAGCUGGAGCUGGACAUUCCGGGCUCCAGGAGCAGAAGGAAGUUCACCCUGCUGGACAUCGUGAACCGCAAAGUCAGGUACAUCCACGAUGGCUCCGAGGGGCCCAUGGACCAGCUGAUGCUGGAGGUGACGGUGACCACCCAGCAAGGGGUCCCGGAGUGCCUGCGGCAGGGCCAGGUGUACCUGCUGCCCAUCAUGAUCAGCCCCGUCAACGACGCCCCGCAGGUGAUCUUUCCCCGWGGGAACCACAUGGAGAUCCUGAAGCACACACGGAAACACCUGACCACCGACAUCCUGCAGGUCCUGGAYGACGACUCGUCCUGYGAUGACCUCGAAUUCCAGCUGCACRGUCAGCAGAUGGAGGAGGGUUACGUGGAGUUAGACUUCCACCCCGGAGUGCCCGUCGAAGAGUUCUCCUGCCGGGACCUGGAAGCCGGYAACGUGGUCUACGUGCACCAGGGCGGGACAAACCCACAGCUCACCUUGCAGGUGAGCGACGGCACGGUCCCCAGCCCCAUUGCCACGCUGAGGAUCCUCGCCAUCGACCCCGAGAUCCGCCUGCUCAAYAACACCGGCCUGUCCCUCCCGCAAGGCGGGGCCGCGCGCAUCACCGCAGCCAACCUGUCCGUGGUGACGAACGCUGCGGAACAACGCGUCUCCAUCCUCUACGUCCUCACGGAGCCCCUCAAGUAUGGUGAAGUCCAGAAGCAAGGGAGCAUGGGAGGGGAGUGGAAAAAAGUGGAGUCCUUCCACCAGCAAGACGUGGAGCAAGGGCGCAUCCAGUAUUUCAGCACAGACCCAGRGCACCGGCUGGAAGACAGUGUGGAGGAGGUGAGAUUCAAAGUCCAGGUGGGGCAGAAGCUCUUGCCAAACAACACCUUCCUUGUAAGAAUUAAGAGAGCCACCAUCAAGAUGAAGACCAUGGCUGCCCUCCAGAUGAAGAAUCAGCGGCACAGAAACAUCACCAGCAAGGAGCUGGAAGCAGUGCUGGAAGAUCCAAACUCCACCCCGGUUCCCUUCCACUACAUAAUCACCCAGGCUCCCAAGAAGGGAAACCUGGAGYUGCUCGGCCACAGGCUGACUGAAGGCUUUGGAUUCACCCAAGACGACCUGCAGGAAAACCGCCUGAGCUACGGCGUGACCAUCAGGAACUCGCAGCAAGCUGAGGACUCCUUCCAGUUCCGCGUCCACGCCGGCGAGCGCUACUCACCUGUCUACACCUACCCCAUCAGCAUCGGCGGGGACCCUGACGCACCCACCCUGACCAACGUGCUCCUGACCGUGCAGGAAGGCGGGCAGGCCGUCAUCUCCAAGGAUCAUUUGUUYGUGCAGAGCGUCAACAGCAUGGACUACGUGUACGAGGUGAUUGAGGGGCCGGCACACGGGAGGCUGGCCUGGGCUGCGUCGCACGGUUGGGCCUCCAGGGAGGAGAUCACGGAGUUCACCAACGACGACAUCCUCCAGCGCCGGCUGCUGUACCAGCACGAUGACUCUGAGACGCUGGAGGACGACAUCCCCUUCGUAGCCAUCAGGCAGGGGGAGGGCAGCAGCGAGCCCGAGGCCGAGGAGGUGAGAGGCGUUUUCAGGGUGUCCAUCCAACCCGUCAAUGACCACAGCCCCGUCCGGGCAGUGAACAGAGUGUUCAACGUGGUGCGCAAYGGGCAGCACCUGCUGACCACUGACGACAUCGCCUUCACCGACAAGGACUCUGGCUUCUCCGACGCGCAGCUGGUGCUGGCCAGGAAGGACAUCUUGUUUGGCAGCAUCGUGUCAGUGGAUGACAGAAACCACCAGGUCUAUCGGUUCACACAGGAUGACCUGAGGAAGAGGAAGAUCCUCUUUGUCCAUUCUGGYGCUGACCGGGGCUGGAUCCAGCUCCAGGUCUCAGAUGGCCUCCACCAAACCACRGCGCUCCUGGAAGUGCAGGCAUCAGAGCCCUACAUCAAAAUAGUCAACAACACUGGUCUGGUCAUCCACCAGGGCUCCCGAGGGAGCAUUGACUCCUCUGUYCUCAGCCUGGAGACCAACAUGGACAUCAGGUCAGACGAAGAGAUACGGUUCCUGAUAACCACCCCGCCGAGGUGGGGCACCGUGCUGAGAGGGGAGCAGCCAGUCAUGGCCUUUUCCCAGAGGGAUCUGCUGGCAGGAGAGAUCUCCUACCGCCACAAUGGGAGCAGGAACAGCCGGGAUGAGCUCCAGUUCACAGUAGAAGCAAACGAGGUGGCAGUGGAGGACACGCUGGCCAUCAGUGUGUUCUUGGAUACCCAUCCCAGCCCCCUGAACAUAGUCAACCACAAGGAGAUCUAUGUUUUCCAGGGGGAAGCGGCCGGGAUUGAGGARGAGGAUUUACUGGUGACGCAUGAAGAGAUCCCUCCCCAAGACAUAGUGUACCUGCUGAGCAGCCCCCCAGCCUCCGGCUUCCUGGCAAUGCUUCAGCACAGCCAGGACGCCAACGAGCAGCCCAGCCUGGACCCCGUCCAGUCCUUCACCCAGGAGGACAUCAGCAGCRGCAGAGUCCUCUACCUCCACUCCAAGCCCAACGAGGAGCGCGACCGGUUCGUCCUGGACAUCACAGCCCGCGGCGCGGACCCUCUGGAGGGGGUGGUGGUCAGCCUGGUCGUGCUGCCCAUCGCCGUCCCCUUGGAUGUCCACAACAUCACGGUGCCGGCAGGUGGCUCUGCCGCCCUCUCCUCGGCCAUCCUCCGCAUUCCCAACACCUACUACCCAGCCCUGGGCAUGGAGUUCAGGGUGCUGGAGCCCCCCCGCUUCGGCACCCUCCUGAGCAGCCAGCGGCCCGAGCAGGGCGGGCUGCGCAGCUUCACCUGGAGCGAGGUGGAGAACCAGCAGAUCCAGUACAGGCAGGACGGUCCCCGAUCCYUCGCCGACAGCUUCACCGUGCUGGCCAACGCCUCCGAGGUGUCGCGACAGAGCCAGCCCAGGACGCUGUUCGUCACCAUCCUGCCCCGCAGCAGCAAGGGGCCGCGGCUGAAGGUCAACGCCGGCUUGCAGCUGCGGGAAGGUGCCACGGCUGUGCUCAGCCCCCACAUCCUGAGCGCCGAGGACGAGGACUCCCCGGCCGAAGAGGUGACCUAUUCCAUCCAGCCCCCGGCCAACGGCAAGGUGGUGCUGAGGUCAGCGCCCGGUGCCGAGGUGCAGAGGUUCACCCAGGCCCAGAUYGACAACGGCCUCGUCCUCUUCGUUCACCAAGGACCCCUGGACGGUGGCUUCGCCUUUGAUCUGUGGGAUGGUGAGAACCUCUCUCCUGGGCACUUCUUCCUCGUCAGGGCCCAGAGAGAGCCCGUYGUCAGCCUGGCCAGGAAGCAGAGCCUCACCAUCUGCCCCGGUGCCCUGCAGCCCAUCACCAGCCAGAACCUGCAGGCAGUGAGCAACAGCCCCGCCAGCUCCAGCACUCUGUACUACAGCAUCGAGCAAGCCCCGCGCCUGGGCAGGCUGACCACCUCGCAGGGAGAGGAAAUCAGGAACUUCACCCAAGCCCAGGUGGACACCAUGCUGAUUUUCUACCAGCACGAGAUGCCGGACAAGCCCUUCUGGCUGGCCCAAGAUGCCAUCCGCUUCCGUGUGGUCACUCCCACSACCAUCUCCGAUUCCUUCAUCCUCCUUGUCCUGAUCUCAUUCGAGGAAAAGUGUCCCCAGCGCUCGACUCAGCUGUGGAAAAAUGAAGGUCUCCAGCUUGCAAGGGCUCAGCAGGCUGAGAUUGACACCUCGGUGUUGGAUGCCUCCAACCUCCUGAGCCAAAUCCURGUCCCUGAGAGGGCUGGAUAUGACGUUGUAUUCCUGGUGACAGAGCCCCCGGCUCACGGACGGCUCUUGGUGGCCGGCACGCCUGUGGAUGGGUCACGGCCGUUCUUCCUGCAGUCAGACCUGGCAGCAAGGCGUUUGGUGUACGCCCACGGUGGGGAUGGCACCUCCAGAGACCAUUUCAGUUUUAAGGCUUGGCUGCAGCCCCAGGAACAGCGCUCCGUGCGUCCUCCACAGGACGGGGUGGUCAUCUCUGAAGCGUUCAACGUAACGGUGACCGGCGGCACCGAGUCACUGSGGGUGGUGAAGCGGCAGGAAGUGCUGCAGGUGCCACCGGGCUCUGUGGUCACCUUGUCACGGGAGUACCUGGACGUGGCAGACCCAGCCAUGCCCCCGGAGGAGAUGGUGUACAGCGUCCUCCAGAGAGCCCUGGCUGGCCACCUGGCCAGUGCACGCAACCCGCGCGAGCCCAUCGGCCGCUUCACCCAAGCGGAUGUUAACGCUGGCCACGUGGUGUUCGUGGCCACUGGGAGCCRUGCCUCGGGCUCCUUAGCCCUGAGCCUCUCCAGUGGCCAGCACCCCCCCACGCAGACCUCACUGGAGAUYGAGGUGCUGCCUGCUGUGAGCACCGCUGCCAGCCCAGCACCGCUGGAGGUGCCCCAGGACCUGAACAGGGCCCCGGUGUCCCAGCGUCACCUGCUGGGUGCUGUCCCACGAGGGGCCGGCAAUGUCCUCUACAGGAUCACCAGGGAGCCCAGGUUUGGCCAGGUGCAGGUCAACCAAAAGCCAUCACGGGSCUUCUCGCAGAAGCAGCUGGAGCGCAGGGAGGUGACAUUCACCUUCAGUGACCUGACGUCGCCCAAGGAUGACUUCCAGUUCGUGGCCAUGUCGCGGGCAGGAAACAGGAGCGGGGUGGUGAACGUGACCGUCCGCGCCACAGUCAAGACCCGAGCGGGCAGCCUGUGGCCCCAGGGCACUACAGCCCUGCUGGACACCAGCGUCCUGGAUGCCAGCGAGCUGGCCAACCGCACCAAGAGCGUCCCGGUGUUCAAGGUGCGCAGGGCACCCCGUGCCAGCCGUCUCGUGAGGGUAUCCAGGGACCCAGGACAAGCCAGCUCCCCSAUCGAAACCUUCAGCCAGAGCGAGCUGGAGCAAGGGCUGGUGGGGCUGGAGGUGCUGGAGGACGCAGGGGGCACCCAACAACCCCUGCAGAGCGACGGCUUCCUCUUCGAGCUGGUGGCUGCCGGUGUGCCACCGGCACUGGCGUCCCUGGAGUACAGCAUCGAGCCCUACAACGCCUCAAAAUCCUACGGUGUCACCCUGCUCACGGCCCCACUGGCCCCUUCGCCCCCGGUGCCCCGCGGCACUGAGUUGAGUGUGGCCCCCAGCGCCACCGCCAGCCCCAGCCCUGGGGCGGGGGGCACCUUCCUCAGCUUCAUCGAGGCCAACAUGUUCAGCAUCAUCAUCCCCAUCUGCCUCAUCUUGCUCCUGCUGGCGCUCAUCCUGCCCCUGCUCUUCUACCUGCACAAGCGCAACAAGACGGGCAAGCACCACGUGCAGGGCACUCCCGCCUCCAAGGCCAAGAACGGGGCCGUGCCAGACCACGAGACCUUCCGCAGGACAGACCCCAGCCAAGGCAUCCCCCUAACGACUGUCACCACAGCCGAGGGCAAGGGCACGGGUCCCCCGCCCGCAGGCACUGCGGCACCGCCAGACCCCGAGCUCCUCCAGUACUGCCGGACUUCCAACCCCCCGCUGAAAAACAACCAGUACUGGGUGUGAAGGGCUCAGGAGCGGUGGCUCGAGGCCACCUGGGGGUCCGGCCCCUCCUGCAGCGCUACCGGCCACCUCCUCGCGGCUCUCCUCCUCCUCCCCGGGAGCUGGCAUCCCGCAGAUGCAGGAGGGCCCUGGGGGCUGCUGCUCCAGCCCACCUGGCAGCCCCACGUCUCCCUUGGGCAAGGGACGGAGCGCUGCAUAAGCAAUUGGGGACAGGCAAAAUUCCUGAGCAUUGCUGGGAAACGCUGACUUUGGGUGCUCAUUUGGGCCACCUGAUGGUGGCCACAGUGCUGGGGGGGACCUGAUGACGCUGGUCACCACAGAGGCACCCGGGCUGGUCCGGUGGUGGCUCCUCGGAGGGUAGCACUGUCACCACAGGGGUGCUUUUCACAGCUCUUGGCGAGAGGGAGGAUGAGGAGCGGCUUGCGCUGAGUCAGGCUGGGGAUGAAGCUGCCCAAAUCCCCCAGGGCUAGGCGGGCUGAGACACUGGAGCAGAGGCUCGGAAAAAACUCUGUGGCCAAUGCCAGGGGAAUUUAGUAGUCCCCACCCACUUGGAAAAAUAUCCACCCCGCUCUUUCUCUACUUGCAGUGUGUGCGCUGCAUCGAGUUGAUUACACCAAGCCCUGGGGGGUUGCACGACAGGUAGGAUGCCCUUGGCAGGGAGGGAGGGAUUGCUGGAGCUUUCACCAGUGUGAAACCGGAGAGGAGAGCGGAGAAGYGGAGCCAGCGUGGUUUUCCAGUGUAGCCUCCAGAAUGGCAGAAGCAAACAGAAUAAAGUGCCUUUU